AUGAAUAUUGCGGGCAGAAUGGUUCAGUGGAUAAUAGAGCUAUAUGUAGAUGGAUCAUCCACUGCAUGGGAAAUAUAUGUAGAUGGAUCCUCCAACAAAAUUGGAAGAAGCGCAGGCAUAAUACUAGUCAACCAAGAGGGAACACAAAUAGAAUUCUCCCUCAAAUUCGAAUUUCCAGCUUCUAACAAUAAGGUAAAAUAUGAAGCCUUGAUUGCAGGGUUAAAAUUGGUAGAGGAAGUCGGCGCAACUAGAGUAGUUAUGUUCAGCGACUCCCAGGUAGUGACCGCCCAAAUAAAUGGAGAGUAUCAGGCUAAAGACCCCAAUAUGAAGAGGGACUUAGAUAAAACCUUGGAGUAUCUCAGGUGUUUUAUAGAAACCGAGGUCAAACACAUAACUCGGGAUCUCAAUAGCAAGGUGGACACCCUCUUCAAGCUAGCAAGUACUAAGCCAGGGGGAACAAUAAAAGUCUGA